AUGGUAAGAACAAGAGACGAGAAAGGGGUCCAGCUGACAGAGCUCCUCUACCGCAACCUUGUGAUUCCUGACCAGGCAAGAAUCAAACAAACAGGGUCUUUGCUACCGACUGCGUCUCUGCGGCACCGCCAAACACGCGAAGCACUGGCGUUCGUGAGAGAUUUCGAUUACGAGGGGCACGAGCGCCUGUUUACAGAGAAGUUUGUGAAAGCAUGCCUUAGGAAGCUGUUGGAGGCGCCCUACAGUCUUGACCUCCCCUGUACACCUGGCUUCCAGAAGGAAGCUUGGACCAAUGAAGAAGGUAAGCGUCUCCACAGCCUGAUUAAGAAAGCUCGGCGUUCCACCGCCAUGGCUGCCGAUGCUGAAACGCAGCCCUGGAGUUGCUUGGAGGCUUUGGAUCCGGACGAGGCCGACCCAUGCGUUCGUCCGACACGCAGCAUGCAUGUAUACAUCUAG